AUCAUGACAGUGAUUCCGAGGGAGCCUGGAGUGAUAUUGAUAUUAAUGUCAAAAAUCCAGGAUGACUCAUUCACAAGACCAUAUAAAUAAAGUCCCGGUUCGCUUCAUCUUAUCAUACUUCUCUUUGGACUCCCAAGGCUGAUUAGCAGAAUGGACACCUCAAAUCCUCCUCGUAUGAUAAGCGAAACCACGACUCUGGUCGUAGUAGCAAGGACGAAAAAGCCUAAAACACCACUUCCAAAACUCCAGAUGGGCAUACUUAUGGUAUUGCAACUUGUCGAACCUAUCGCUUCGAUGUCCAUAUUUCCAUACAUCAAUCAGCUUAUCAGAGAACUUGGCAUCACUGGCGGUGACGAUGCGGCUGUGGGAUAUUAUGCUGGAAUAAUUGAAUCUCUGUUCUUCGUCGCACAGACACUGACAAUGCUGAGAUGGAGUCGGUUAUCUGACCGUAUUGGACGCAAGCCAGUGUUAUUAGUAGGGCUAUCAGGAACUUGUAUUUCAAUACUAUGUUUCGGUCUCUCGACGACGUUCUGGGGCCUUGUCGUUAGCCGCUGUAUGUGCGGUGUACUGAACGGCAAUGUUUCAGUGAUGAAGACUAUGGUGGGCGAAUUGACAGACUCUACGAAUAUGGCUCAGGGAUUUGCCUUGAUUCCAAUAAUGUGGUGCAUUGGAGGCUUUAUUGGUCCUUUAAUAGGCGGAACGCUCGCGCGUCCACAAGACAGCUGGCCCGGAUUAUUCGCCAAUCCAUUUUGGAGCAAAUACCCAUAUUUUCUACCCUGUGUAGUGUCUGCUAGUGGAAUCAUAGUUGGCUUUUUCGUUUUGUUAUUUUUCUUGGAAGAAACAUUAUCAACCAAGCGUCGACCAAAGUUGACAGCAACCACUCUAGGUAAUUCAAACGGUGUCGACAGUAAUAAUCGAGAAGAUCUUUCACAAACAUCUAACAUGCCCCUGCAAUCUCUGCUCACACCCACUAUUGUCAUUCCAAUUGCAAACUACGCCAUGCUCGCCUUGCUUGAUAUUGCUCUUAUGGCUCUUUUGCCGCUGUUCUUUUCUACGCCAACCUAUCUUGGCGGCCUUGGUUUUACUCCUUCUCGUAUUGGCAUGUGGAUGGCGAUGUUUGCAAUAUCGGAUGGUAUCUUCCAGGCACUGUUCUUCGCCAAAAUUGUCGACUGGGUUGGUCCAAAGCGUCUCUUCUGUGUGUCCGUGUCGUGCUUCACACCAGUCGUGCUCAUGUUCCCGAUCAUGUCGUGGCUUGUACACACAAGGGGGAUGGUUGAUCAUGCAAUCGUAUUUACAUUGGUUAGCCAACUAGCGUUGACCAUUAUAUGGGAUAUGGCAUUCGGGACUGUAUUCAUGUUUAUCACGGCCUCUGCCCCCACAAAGAACGUCCUUGGCACCAUCAAUGGUCUUGGUCAAACCUCCGCGUCCAUGGCUCGUGUCAUUGGGCCUGCAUUUGCAACUUCGCUUUUUGCACUCUCAAAGGAACACAAUAUUCUCAACGGGAAUGCAGUCUAUGUUGUCUUGAUUUUGCUGGCUGGUAUAUUGAGGUGGCUAGGGUCACAAUUGCCAGAUGAAAUACAAGAUAGGGAUGAAUGAUUUACAAGGUAACCAGUGGACAAUGCAUAUGCAUCGCUGUCCAAAGUGCCCAUCCGUACUAGUACCUCAUGUAUAUUUACAUUUGUUCUAGUGCGACGUUUCGCAUAACUGCACAAGUUUCAAUUAUGAUACGUC